GCUGUCACAACUUUAAAAAUCCAAAGAUGAAUAAGAGUAGAAAGGUUUCAGUACAUUUAAUAAUAAAACAAACACAGAUAAUCCACACGGCGUAAUCGAAGGUAUGUAACACAAACAACAACCAACCAUGAACAGAGGAACCAAAGGAACUUAAGUAGUGGUUCAAACAAGGUUAAUAAGGAGACACAGCUGAACUAAUAGAACUAAUCAUAUCAGUAACCAUGACAACUCAUAAGUGGCAGGAAACUAGACAAAGAAAACACUGAAAAUAAACUAAAAGUCAAUGAGAACUGUGACAAGAGACAGAAAAAAGGUAAGUUGUAUACAGUAAACAUUUUGCAAUUGCAUAAAAAGGAUUGUAAUCACAAUUUAGCAGUGUUUGAAGUGGGCCAGUUUGCAUAACUGAGACUUCUAUAUUUUAACCUGUAGCUUACCCUCACUUAUUAUUGUGUACUUUCACUUCUCACAUGUUGCUGGUACUCUGACUGCCCACACCAAAACAUAAAUUAGGCUGUUAAUGAAUUGAAUACAUUGUGUUCAGAGCUUUUAUAAGCUGUAUGAACUGAAUGGACCAAUAAUCUGUGCUUUUUAGCAAAAGAUAAAUGCGCACCUGACAUCUAGUGGACAUUCUGAGAAAAAAUAAAAAUAAAUAAAAUAAAUAAAUAAAACUUCUUCUUUAAAGUUGUAAUUUCUUUGUAAUCUUGUUUAGGUUUCUUAACCUUUCUUAACCUUUUCUUAACCUUGUUUAGAAAAAUAAAUCAUGAUGAGAUCAGAUGGUGACGUCCUGAUUUCCAAGGAUGGCACCACCCGCUCUUUUAAAGUAACACCCCUCCAACCUUCAACCACAACCUUCAUCAUAAAUUAAUUAGCUGAGUGAGUGAGAAGAGAUGUGCAUCACACUGUGUAUUUUUCUAUACCUGUCAUUUAACUGUAUUUCUGCAGCUUCAAUCUUCAGAUCAGGUACCUGUCAGCUCCAGGGACGGUUCAAAUUGAAUGGAAUGUACCAGGAUGGAGAUGUUAUACUUGGAGGCCUGUUUCAGGUUCAUUUUUUCACAGUGUUCCCAGAUUUGAGCUUCAAAAUGAAACCAGAACCACCACACUGUGAAAAAUUUGAUAUGGAUAGCUUCCAGGAGGCUCAGACCAUGGCUUUUGCAAUAGAUGAGAUCAAUAAGAAUCCCAGUCUGCUGCCUAACAUCACUCUUGGUUACCAUCUUUAUGACAACUGUGUGAGGCUAGGAAUGGCAUUCCGGGCUGCCAUAUCCCUGGCUAGUGGGACAGAGGAGUCCUUCUCAAACCUAAACUGCACUGGCCAUCCUCCGGUGAUUGGGAUUGUCGGGGAUCCUAGUUCAACUCCUUCCAUUGCGAUUUCCAGUGUUCUGGGACUGUUUCAAGUACCUAUAGUUAGUUACGCUGCCACCUGCUCCUGUUUAAGUGACAGAAAAAAAUACCCCUCUUUAUUCAGAACUAUCCCCAGUGAUGCCUUCCAGGUGCAGGCUAUGAUUCAGAUCUUGAGAUAUUUUGGAUGGACCUGGGUUGGUCUUGUCUACAGUGAUGAUGACUAUGGCAUCUAUGCUGCUCAGUCCUUCCAGCAGGAAAUGCAGCUGAUUGGACAUUGUUUUGCUUUUUCUGAAAUCCUGCCCCAUGAUAACAACCACAGAGAUAUUCAGCGUAUAAUGGGAGUAAUCCAGGCUUCUACAGCUAGAGUGGUGGUUGUUUUUUCUACAUCAUCCUUUCUGUUGCCUUUGAUGGAUGAGGUGGUGUUGCAGAACAUGACAGGCAGACAGUGGAUUGCAAGUGAAGCUUGGGCCACCUCACCUGUAUACCACACUCCACGUUUCCUGCCCUUUCUUAGGGGCACACUGGGCAUUGCCGUUAGGCGUGGAGAAAUUCAGGGGCUUCAUGACUUUCUGCUACGUCUUUGUCCCAGCAAUGAUCCAAGAAAAAAUAUGUUGAGGAUCUUCUGGGAGAACAUGUUUGGGUGCAGUUUUGAAACAGGGGAUAAAGAGACAGAUGGAGAGCAAGUGAAAAAGGUGUGUACAGGACAGGAGGAUUUGAGCACAACAGACACACCAUAUACUGAUGUUUCAGGUUUGAGGACAGCGUAUAAUGUCUAUAAGGCAGUUUAUGCCCUGGCACAUGCGCUUCAUGACCUGAUUCAAUGUGAGGAGGGGAGAGGACCAUUCAGUGGGAACAGUUGUGCUGACAUAAUCAACCUGAAACCCUGGCAGCUGGUUCACUAUCUACAGAAAGUGAACUUCACAACAGGUUUUGGGGAUCAUGUGUCAUUUGAUAAGAAUGGAGAUGCUCUGGCCAUCUAUGAUGUUUUAAACUGGCAGCCGAGCUCUGAUGGGUCAAUAAGUAUCUACACGGUCGGUGUAGUAAAUGAAGGGGUGGCAACAGGGACGGUGAUCACACUGGAUGAAGAAGCAAUUUACUGGAACUUUGAGACAAAAAAGCCCCCACGUUCUGUGUGCAGUGAGAGCUGCCCCCCAGGAACUAGACGAGCCACAAGGAAGGGCCAUCCUGUCUGCUGUUUUGACUGCCUGUCAUGUGGAGAUGGAGAGAUUUCUAAUAUAACAGAUGCUAUUGAGUGCACAGUGUGUCCAGAUGAGUUCUGGUCCAAUAAAGAUAAGGAUCAGUGUGUCCCUAAAGAUGUAGAGUUUCUAUCCUAUGAGGAACCUCUGGGCAUCUCUCUGACCACUGCUUCCCUGCUUGGCCCCUGCUUCUGUGCUCUUGUUAUGGUCAUCUUUACUCAUCACCGUAACACUCCCAUAGUACGCGCCAACAAUUCUGAGCUCAGCUUCCUACUUCUGGUGUCACUCAAACUGUGUUUCCUGUGUGUACUGCUUUUCAUUGGUCAGCCGCAGCUGUGGACGUGUCAGUUAAGACAUGCUGUGUUUGGCAUAAGCUUUGUCUUGUGCAUCUCCAGCAUCCUGGUCAAGACUAUGGUGGUAAUAGCUGUGUUUAAAUCAUCUCGGCCAGAAGGAAAAGGCACAAUGAAAUGGUUUGGAGCAGCUCAACAAAGAUGCACAGUUGUGAUCCUAACAGCCAUCCAGGUUGUGAUAUGUGCAGUCUGGCUAUCAACUGCCUCUCCAACACCCCAUAAAAACAACCAGUAUAUCCGCUCUAAAAUAGUAUAUGAAUGUGCUAUUGGCUCAGUGGCUGGUUUUUCUAUGCUGCUGGGAUACAUUGGACUGUUGGCAGCAGUAAGUUUCCUUUUAGCCUUCCUGGCGAGAAAUCUUCCAGAUAAUUUUAAUGAAGCAAAGUUCAUCACUUUCAGCAUGUUGAUCUUCUGUGCUGUGUGGAUUGCGUUUGUUCCCGCAUAUGUGAGCUCUCCAGGAAAAUAUGCAGUGGCUGUGGAGAUAUUUGCCAUUUUAGCUUCCAGUUUUGGAUUACUGGUGGCCAUAUUUGCCCCAAAGUGCUACAUAAUCCUUUUACAUCCAGAGAGAAACACUAGACAUGCCAUAAUGGGAAGAGAAACACAAAAAAAAUAGCUUUACAGGCUGCCUGCGUAUCUUUGGUGUAUGCUUGUAGAUAUAUGUUAUUAUGAGUGUUCCUAAUGCAUGUAAAUGAAAGACUUCCAGUACAUGCAGGUGACUCAUACAAUGCCUGUUUUGCAACUUUUAAAGGGUAAAUAAAGCACAGUUUCCGCCAAUCUCAUGUCAAUUUUGAGUACCUAUAGAGUAGUAUUGUAUCCUUCAUAUCUCUGAAAAGUCUUUAGUUUUAUCAUAUUAAUAAAAGAUAGACGCUGUACCAACUCUUUCUCUCCUGGAGGCGUACUGUGGGCAGAGUCAUGAUCGUCUGCAAGCUGCGACAUCAUUAUAAAUAAAAAGGGAACAAAAAUGUUUGUGUUGUUUACAUUAUAUGCACUUGCGCUCUGAUUGCCAACAAAACACAGACAUUUGAUGCAGUUUUACUCACCGCCUGCAAUCUGCAAAUCCAGCAUCGAACUGUGACUUGUUUACAAAACAUUUGUCACCAAAAUUCCAG